AUGGCACCCUCUCUCCACCCUCUGAUCGACAAUGGCAUCACCAAAGGUGACCCUGCCUUCUCGGGUGGCACACUGCGUUGCCGCUGCUCCUCCGACCAGGUCGUCGUCUCCCUGAAAAGCAACGUCGCACACAACCACGCUUGCGGCUGUUCCAAGUGCUGGAAGCCGGCCGGUGCCCUCUUCUCAGUGGUCGGUGUCUUACCUCGGGAAAACGUGAAGGUUGAGGCGAAUGAAUCUAAACUCCACGUGGUUGAUUCUUCCGCCGUCAUCCAGCGCAACGCGUGCAAGGAAUGCGGGGCUCACCUCUUUGGCCGAAUUGAGCGCGAACACCCAUUCCAUGGUUUGGACUUUGUGCACGUCGAAUUAUCGGAUCAGAAGGGCUGGCAAGAACCGCAAUUUGCCGGCUUUGUCUCCUCGAUAAUUGAGCAGGGAUCCAACCCUGAGGGAAUGGAUGCGAUUCGGGAAAAGUUCAAGUCUGUGGGGUUGCAGACCUAUGAUGUUCUGUCUCCGCCUUUGAUGGAUCUGAUUUCUACAUUCACAGCGAAGAAGGCGGGUGUGAAAUUCUCAAAAAUCUAA